AUGGCUUGCCUUUUGUUGGAUGAUGUAGUUGAUGAGGAAGUUUUAAUACUCAGACGAGCAUUCAGGCAUGAAAGAGUCUUCCGAGAUAGGGCAGACCCAAUGGCCUUUUCAGACGAAUAUCUGACUGAGAUGUACAGAUUCUCAGGUGAUGGCAUCAGAUAUUUGUGUAGGCUGCUGGGUCCAAACAUACAGCACAGGACAGCACGGAGCCAUGCUCUCACUGUCCCACAGAUGGUCUGCGUAGCACUGCGAUUCUUUGCAAGUGGCAUGUUUCUGUAUUCUGUCGGUGAUGCAGAAAACCUCAAUAAAGCCACUAUUUGCCGCACAAUAAGAAAUGUAAGUCUGGCAUUGAAAUCUCUUGUGCACAUAUUUAUCACCUUCCCUGGUCACAGAAGAUUCAUCCAUAUCAAGGAGGAGUUCUACAAGAUUGCAGCUUUUCCUAAUGUAAUUGGUACAGUGGAUUGCACCCAUAUUCGUAUCCAAUGCCCCUCAGGGGCACAUGAGGGAGAUUAUGUUAACAGGAAAACCUUCCACAGUGUCAAUGUUCAGAUGAUCUGUGAUGCUGACUGCCUUAUCACAAAUUUUGAGGCAAAGUGGCCUGGCUCAGUCCAUGACUCCAGAAUCUUUCGGGCCAGUAGAAUUUACCAGAGACUCUCUCUAGGUAAGCCACCCCAUUUUUUUAAGCACCUUGAACAUCAAGAGUACAGUACUUCAGACAAGCUUUAUGGAGAUGCUGACUUCAUUUUCCAGCAGGACUUGGCACCUGCCCACACUGCCAAAAGUACCAAAACCUGGUUCAAUGACCAUGGUAUUACUGUGCUUGAUUGGCCAGCAAACUCGCCUGACCUGAACCCCAUAGAGAAUCUAUGGGGCAUUGCCAAGAGAAAGAUGAGACAUGAGACCAAACAAUGCAGAAGAGCUGAAGGCCGCUAUUGAAGCAUCUUGGUCUUCCAUAACACCUCAGCAGUGCCACAGGCUGAUAGCAUCCAUGCCACGCUGCAUUGAGGCAGUAAUUAAUGCAAAAGGGGCCCAAACCAAGUACUGAGU